GUUUCUCUUUCUCAAUGGAUGACUUUCUCAGCCAAAAUGUCUUCUAGAGAGAACCAGCAAGACAAACCAAACAGGCCCAACAAGACCAUCACUAUGACCGAUGGAGACUAUGAUUAUCUGAUCAAACUCCUGGCCCUUGGAGACUCAGGGGUGGGGAAGACGACAUUUCUUUAUCGAUACACAGACAAUAAAUUCAACCCCAAGUUCAUCACAACCGUAGGAAUAGACUUUCGGGAAAAACGUGUGGUUUAUAAUACACAGGGGCCAAAUGAAUCGUCAGGGAAAACGUUUAAGGUGCACCUUCAGCUCUGGGACACUGCAGGACAAGAGCGAUUCCGGAGCCUCACAACCGCAUUUUUUAGAGACGCCAUGGGCUUCUUAUUAAUGUUUGACCUCACCAGUCAACAGAGUUUCUUAAAUGUCAGGAACUGGAUGAGCCAACUGCAAGCAAAUGCAUAUUGUGAAAAUCCAGAUAUAGUACUAAUUGGCAACAAGGCAGACCUGCCAGACCAAAGGGAAGUUAACGAACGGCAAGCCCGGGACAUGGCUGACAAAUACGGCAUACCCUAUUUUGAAACAAGUGCGGCAACUGGCCAGAAUGUUGAGAAAGCUGUGGAAACUCUUCUGGACUUAAUCAUGAAGCGAAUGGAACAGUGUGUAGAGAAGACGCAAGUCCCCGACGCCGUCAACGGCGGAAAUUCUGGGAAGCUUGACGGGGAAAAACCAGCAGAGAAGAAAUGCGCCUGCUAGACUUUACACAGGGCCUCAUCAUCAAGGGCCCCAGCCUAACAUCACUUCCCACAACAGUGACAAACCACAAAAUUGUUGCCAUGCAAAAUGGCGGAUCUUCCUUUCCUGCCAGAAGAUCUGUUUUAAGAGACCAAAAUAGUCAACGGUAUUCAAAAGAACUGACCAGUUGUUUCUGAGUCCCCUUCAAAGAAGAGCAAAGAUUUCCUAAUGUGCUCUCACCAACACGGAUGUCCAGUUUGUUUUUCCUAAAAAGAAGACAAGUAUGUAAGACAGUACACAAGAUGAAAUAACAGUGAGUUUUAAACCAGAGCAAAGUUUACCUUGUCACAUUGGAGAAAGGGAUAGGUUUCCAAAGGAAGAACAUAGAAAGAUGAUUUUUUUGUUUAAAAAAAAAAGACUGUUUACUUCUUAUAUUGAAUAUAAUCACUACUUUUAGGUUUGCAGUGGGGAAACAUAUUAGUUAAAAAUGGAUACACAAUAAAGAAUUCUAAAUGGAUCAUUAAGAAUGAUAUUACUUUGUGCACCCAAUAAGCUAUACUAGAAAGACUAAUUUAGUGAUGAGGUUGUAAGAGGAUGAAUGUCAGACUUCUUCUAAAAUGCAGACAAUUGUGUAAUAAUGCUAUUUUUAUAUUCUUAAUAAAUGUCAGAUAGACAAGAACAAGAUUGUGAGUGACAAAGUACAAGGGAAAUGCCCUGGGAGAAAAAUGAAAGU